AUGCGUCUACCAGCCCUCCUACUCCCCCUCACACUCCUCUCACUCGCCUCCCCAGCUCUGGGCUGGGGCGCAGCCGGCCACGAGAUCGUCGCAACCCUCUCCGAGAUCCACCUCCACCCCUUAAUCCUCUCCUACAUCCGCUCACCCGACUCAGGUCUCCUCCCACCUUGGUCGAGAGGCCACCUCGCUCCUCUCGCGAGCUGGGCGGACAGGAUAAAGGGAUUGCCGGAGUAUAGAGGCUGGAGUAAUGGGCUGCAUUAUACGGGUUGGAAGGGGGAUAGGCCGCCUGAGGUUUGUGCGUGGCCGGAGAGCAUGGAGCAAGGUGGGGAAGGGGGAGACGGAGGGUGGAACUCGGAACAUGAUGUACUGAGGGCGGUGGGGAAUUAUUCGCAGAGGUUGCAGGACAACCCGCACGAGGCGUGUUCGUCGACGAAACCGAUGCACAGCUGGCCCUCCUUCAAUUUCCUCAUCCACUUCCUCGGCGACAUCCACCAGCCCCUGCACCUAACCUCGCGCGAGCGGGGCGGGAACGGUGAUCCAGUUCUGUGGGAAGGGAGGGUGAGCAACAUGCAUUCGGUGUGGGACGGGUUGUUGAUCGCGAGGGCGUUGAGGGAGCAGAGGAAUUAUACGAGGCCGGUGCCGAGCAAACAGAUCGAAGACGCCCUCACAGGCCGCAUCUACGACCCCUACAUCCGUCUCCUCCUCUGGGAAGGCGUCCGGUCCUGGUGGCGCACUUCCCUCCCCUCCUGGUUCACCUGCUCUUCCCCCUCCUCCAUCUCUCCGCCCUUCAACCAGAUCCGCCUCAACCUCGGCGCAGACGACGUCGUCUGUCCCUUCACAUGGGCUACCGAGACGCAUAGGACCACGUGUGAGAUGGGUUUUCCGGAGGGGUACGAAAUGGAGCGGAAGCCGUUGGAGGAGAUCGGAGGGAGGAGCAACUUUUACGCCAAGAUCAGGAACUCCCUCACCCUCGAGCGUCUCCUAACACAAGCCGGUCUCCGCCUCGCGGCCGUACUCAACACCCUCCUCCGUCCCUACGCCGAACAAUGGGCCCUCACGAACGCGCCCGAAUUACUCUACGAGCAUCUGGUGGGUGUGAAGGAGGAGAAGGGCGUGGAGGGGUUGGUGAAUUUGAGGUGGAUGGAGGAGGGGUGGUGA